AGAAAUUCAGACGCUAAUGUUCCUUCUGGCUAGAGCACUUGCACUCAUGAUACCUGCUUGUCACAGGCAGAGACGUCAACCAAACUAUGUCCGCAGAUAUUGCUGUUGAAAGGAACUGCAUUAAGCAGAUCCUCACGAAAAGAAGGCUAGCCAGUAUAGAGGAAUAUUCUUCUAAACGAAAAGCUAGCUGGGGUAUUCUGACCAGUCAAGGUUCCUGGGCAGAUCGAUCACCACUACAUGAAGCUGCAAGUCAAGGUCGUCUUCUUGCUCUGAGAACAUUAUUAUCACAGGGUUAUAAUGUGAAUGCAGUCACUAUAGACCACGUCACCCCAUUACACGAAGCCUGCCUGGGAGAUCACGUGGCCUGUGCCAGAGCUCUUCUGGAAGCUGGAGCUAAUGUAAAUGCAAUCACAAUAGAUGGUGUGACUCCGUUAUUCAAUGCAUGCUCGCAAGGCAGUGCCAGCUGUACAGAACUUCUUUUGGAAUAUGGUGCGAAGGCCCAGCUGGAGUCCUGUCUUCCAUCUCCCACACAUGAGGCUGCCAGUAAAGGUCACCAUGAAUGUCUCGACAUACUAAUAUCCUGGGGCGUAGAUGUUGACCAAGAUGUUCCUCACUUGGGAACUCCUCUCUAUGUAGCUUGCAUGUCACAGCAAUUCCAUUGCAUCUGGAGACUUCUUUAUGCCGGCGCUGAUGUACAAAAAGGCAAAUAUUGGGAUACUCCAUUACAUGCUGCUGCUCAACAAUCCAGUACAGAAAUUGUAAAUUUACUAUUAGAAUUUGGAGCAGAUAUCAAUGCCAAAAAUACAGAGCUUCUGCGACCUAUAGAUGUAUCUACAUCUAACAGUAUGGUAGAGAGAAUACUGCUUCAACAUGAAGCUACCCCAAGUUCUCUCUGCCAACUCUGCCGACUCUGUAUCCGAAAUUGCAUAGGAAGACCAAGAUUACAUCUCAUCCCACAGCUCCAGUUGCCAACAUUAUUGCAGAAUUUCUUGCAGUAUCGAUAAAGCAGUAAAAUAUCUCUAAAUUCUUUGAAAAUCAAAAAUUUCUAUUCAAUUUGCAUAAUGAAUAUUUCAUAUUAAAAGUUGCUAAAUCCAGGGUAAACGUUGAGUAUGUAUGCGAUCAUCCAGGGAAGCAGUAAGAUAUCAAUUUCCAUUUUUAGUGUACUACUUAGUACUUUUGUUUUAGAAAUUUUUACUGUGCUUUGAAUUAUAAUACAUUUAACAUAUCCAUACAUUUUAGCUAUCCCAAUAUAUCCAUUUUUGAUUUAGGGAAAAAAUAAGAAAUUUGCCAUUUCAUCCUCUAUAUUUCCAAAGUGGAGAAGAAUAAAUGUGGACUUUUACUAAAACAGUAAUUAUAAAUUUCAUAUACUGUAUUAUAUUCAAAAGAUCUGUGUUCUCCAAAUAAUGGUUUAACUUUAAUUUUGGCUAUGGUAAUUUUGGCUAUGUGUGUUUUUGAUAUUGACACAAAACAUGAAUAUAAUUUAGAAAAGAGUAAAUGUGCUUUUUGAAAUAAAGAUGAUUCUCUUUCAGGAAAUCUACUAUGUUGAAUGUGUACAUGUCAUUAGAGUGAUUAAUUCACAAAGUAAAUUGCAUUCCUCCCUGCAAAGAACUCACAAGUCAUUUCUCCAGAGUAAAUGGACCUGAAUAAAAACUAAUAAGACUAAAAGUUAACACUGGCUGGGCACGCCUGUAAUUCCAGUGGUUCGGGAGGCUGAGGCAGGAGGAGGGUGAGUUCAAAGCCAGCCUCAGCAAAAGCAAGGAGCUAAGCAACUCAGUGAGACCCUGUCUCUAAAUAAAAUACAAAAUAGGGCUGGGGAUGUGGCUCAGUGGUUGAGUGCUCCUGAGUUCAGUACUCCCCCGCUCCAAAAAAAAAGGUUCACACUCCUCUCUCACCAUAAGAUCUUUAGAUCAUACUCCUGCUAACACUAUUUGAAGACCAGAGUGGUUUCUUAAGGUCUCUCUUCAAUGCUUUCAUAUUACUUCAGCCCUCUUCCAUGUCAGAAGUUGUCAAUACCCAUCAUACCUGAACUGGAGUAAAUGCACUUUAUAGCCAACUGAUAAAGAGGACCUGGAUUAUAUUCUAGGUAUCAUCAUGUCAGACCAAGGAUUAAAAAAAAAACAAACCUCAAGUUGUGGAGUUUUUAAGGAAAAUUAAAAUAGAGUAUCAUUUAGCAUACUUAGAAACUGUAAAAAAGAAAAUUUACCCUAUAUCUCAUUCCUUGUACUUUUUGUAAUUCUAGUUUCUAGUGUAGACCUUAAUAGCAGCAUCUCAGAUUCAUUUUACACGAAAUAAGGGUUCAGUAUACUGUACUUGCAAAUGAUAACAAAAAAAGAGAGUGUUGUAUAAAAGAAUUUAAUUACUAAGCUAGUCCUCUGCAAGGGGAAUACUAUUUGUAUUCCCUUUUGUUUUAACUAUAUUUGAGUGCAAAAGGAAACAUAAUAAAAUGUUGUGCAUCCUUUCUAAGCCACACUAGAGUUGGACUUAUUAUGGAUUUAGAAAUAAGAUAAUAAAAAUACUUAUAACUCUGUAAAGGAAAAUAUUUUGAUAAGUUUCAUAGAUUUAUCAAAUUUUGAUUAAAGUGUUUUGUCCACUA